ACGCUGCCAUGGCGAUGAAGUCUACCUCCAGGUUUCGGCUCGUCCCGAUAUUGAAAUCGAACCCGUCUGGCGUGUCCUGGGCGGGACUACUUAUACGACCGGCUAAGGGAUUGGUUGACAGCGACAACAGUGCGUUGAGCUCUGAUUGGACACAAGUGUAGACACCAGCUGUCAGUCCCAGUCAAGCUACGCCCCUGCGUUCAGACCGCAGACUGUUUCUGGACCGGGACCCAAAACCUUGGCUGAUUCCGGCAGAUAUCGAUCAGUGAUCGGUGAUUGAUUGGUCCCCUUGGACGGACGGACGGGAUGUCCCGGCUGUUGGAGGGAAGGAAGGCGGACAAGAUGAAAGACAUGAACGUAAAGAACAAAGAGAAAGAGCGCCAGAAGGAGCGGGAGAAGGAGGCCCGUUCCAGUAAAGGUCAUCUCUUCACCUCCCUCACCGUCUCCUCCACCACCUUGUGUUCCGCAUGCAACAGAAGCAUCACCGCCAAGGAGGCGCUCAGCUGCCCCGCAUGUAACGUCACCAUUCACAACCGCUGCAGAGACAGUCUGGCUAGCUGUGCCAAGAUGAAGCAGAAGCAACAGAAGUUGGCGAUGGCGAGGAACAGUUCUGCCCUUCAGAAUGUGGCUCUACGGGCAAAGACCCCAAUUAUUAAGGAGCGCCCCAGCUCGGCUAUCUACCCGUCAGACAGCCUCCGACAGUCUCUGCUCGGCUCACGGCGCGUUCGUUCGGGCCUGUCGCUUGGCAAGAGCGUCUCCACCAAUAACAUUGCUGGAGUCAGUGAGGAACAUGUGGGUCUAAGGAGGAUUCUGUCUCAGUCCACCGAGUCUCUGAACUUCAGGAGCAGGACAUUGUCCAUGGAGUCUCUCACUGACGACGGAGAGUGGUGGUGGAGCCCCCUGCUAGAGGAGCUGCAGGUGGAGGGCCGCAGCGUUCAGGCUGACAGUUGGAGUCUCGUUGUGGAGCCAAAGUUUCUCCAGACGCUCCAUAAAGACGUGAUCAAACAACAGGACGUCAUAUACGAGCUGAUUCAGACGGAAUUUCACCACGUGCGGACGCUGCGGAUUAUGGAGGGCGUGUACAGGCGGGGGAUGCUGGAGGAGGUGAUGCUGGAGGCGGGCGUGGUUCACACCAUUUUCCCAUGUCUGGACCAGCUGCUGGAACACCACUCAGCCUUCCUGUCCCAACUUCUGGCAAAGAGGAAGCAGGGCGCCGUGGAGGGAAGCUCCACCAACUUCAUCGUCCCAAACAUCGGAGAGUUGCUGCUCACACAGUUUUCAGGUCAGUGUGCAGAAGACAUGAAGAAAGUUUACUCCGAGUUCUGCAGUCGCCAUCCCAAAGCUGUAAAACUCUACAAAGACGUUCUAACGCGGGACAGAAGGCUCCAGCAGUUCAUCAGGCGUGCCUGUCGCGGACCUCUGCUGCGUCGCCAUGGCGUCCAGGAGUGUAUCCUGCUGGUCACCCAGAGGAUCACUAAAUAUCCCGUUCUCCUUCAGAGACUGCUCGACAACACCAAAGGUAACGAGGAGGAGGCGCGAGCUCUUAACCAAGCAUUGGUCCUCCUCAAGGAGCUGAUCAGCUCAGUGGAUCAGGAGGUUCUGGAGCUAGACCGAACCAGGAGGCUGCAGGAAGUCCAGGCCCGUUUGGACCCCCGUGCACAAGCAGUUGUCCGGGACGGAGGCGUGUUCCGAGGAGGAGAGCUACAGCGAAGGAGGCUCCUCCAUGAAGGAAUGCUCUUCUGGAAGGUCCAAGGCUCCAGAAUGAAAGAUGUUCAGGUGCUGCUGAUGUCGGACAUCUUGGUCUUCCUUCAAGAGAAGGACCAAAAGUUCACGUUUGCCUCCUUUGACAAGUCCCCCGUGGUCUCUCUCAACAAGCUGAUUGUCAGAGAUAUAGCCAAUCAGGAGCGAGGAAUGUACCUGAUCAGUGACUCCACCCCUCCAGAGAUGUACGAGCUGCAUGCUUCCUCUAAAGAUGACCGACGCACCUGGAUGACCCGGAUCCAGCAGGCCACACUCAGUUGUCCAUCCAGAGAAGAAUUCCCUCUGAUUGAAACAGAAGACAAGGCUUUACUGCGACGACUCAAAGCCGACAUCUUGCAGAAGGAUCGGGAGGUGUUGGAGCUCCUGCAGGAGCGCGUCACCUUGUUCUCCGAGCUUGUGGAGGCAACAGGAAAAGGCGGAGCUGGAGACGCCAGCACGUCGUCACGGUCGGUCAACAGGAACUUGUUUCGAGCGGACACCACACACACUCCUCCUGCUGAGCCGCUGCUCACGGCCGCCAUUUCUGAAGUGGACAAACUGAGCCACCUGCUGGCAGGAUCCAGCAUCACUAAAGCAUCUGUCGCCAACGGCAACCAGGAGCUAACCAACGGCGAACCUGCGUCACUCAACGGUUCUUUGGAGCUGAACAUUAACUCCUCAAAGGACACAAACGGAAACCAGCUGCAAGAAAGGACAUUAAAAGAGGAAGUUUGUCAGCGUCUGGUCAGUUUGAGCACGCAACUUCACGCCCUUCAGGCGGCCGUGAUUCGUCAGGACUCCAUGCUGGAACUCUUUGUCAAAACGACCCCUGUUCCCGGCCCGGCCUCUGGCCCACGCCUCAAUCGGUCCGUGUCACGGGACACAGGCCUGGAUGGAAGCGGGGAUGUAGCGCUGCUGCGGCGACAGCUGGAGCUUCUUCAGGAGGAAGUGACACGGCUGCGUCUCAAGGAGGGGGAGCCUCUAAAAGAGGAGGCGGAGCCAUGCAGCAGGAGGAGGAGCAACGGAGAGCGCAGUGAUGCCAUUAAGGGAGAACAGGCAAGGAGAAGGCGGGGCAGCCGAGAGUUGGAACCACACCCCCUCGCUCCAUUGGCCACUCAUGACCCGGUCGACCAAUUAGACGGCGUUCAGGAAAGAGAUGAGGAAGACAUUGUGAAGAUUUCACCUCGCUCUGACAGCCCUAGAGACCUGCAGGACAUUCCAGAAGAAAGCGAGUGUGGAGCAGAUCCUAGUUAAUGUAUCACUGUGAUGUCGCGGUGAUUUCACUGUGAUGUCACAGCUAAACAAGGAAAAAGUUGCUGUCGUGAUGUCAUUUCCUGCUCCAGAAACAGUUUCGCUCAUAAAACAGGAAGUGUGUCACUGGAGUGGGCGGAGCUAAUGACUUUGUAAAAAUCCCACUCAAAGAGAUUUGGACAGGUGACUACAUAUGGACACUAUUUAUUUAUUACGUAAAUGUAGUUUGUUGGUUUUUGUAGAAAAGCCAGCGUUUAAUGCAUGUCCAAGAAAAAAGAGGUGACCGGCCUUGUUGGUGUUAAUUGUUGCUCUGUAUUAUUGAAAUAGCUGAAAUGUAACAGGGAAACUGGAGACAUGGACACAAAGUAACGACACGAUUGUGGACACCAACUUCCAGUGACUUUCAGCUGAUCCGUCUUAUGUAUUUUCAUCAAGAUAGAACAUUUUUUUCUCAAGAGAAAUGUGUACAUGAUUUUUAAGUUCUUCAUAAAAUAUCACAUAAUCGCUGCAUGCCUCUUUAAUUUUCAUCUUCAUUACUUUAUUAUGAUUGAGAUAUAUACAAAUAAAUACAUUUGAGCGAUAGAAAUAUAGCGAUCUAGAAAUCUAAGAUAACUAGUGUACACUUUACGUGUCUCAGUUAUAUAAAUGCUGUAUAACAAUUUAGAAAUCUAAGACUUGAGAAAUAAC